UAAUGCAUUAUUCAUCUAGAAAAUUCUGAAACAUCGCGGGAUUCUUAAAGAAGCGGGAAGCCGUGUAUUAUGCUCGCCCCAAUUCCGAAGGCAUCGGAGCUACGACAGAUUGGCUUUAUCCCUUAUCCGUUGUUUCUCCCUGCAUUUCCUGGAUUCAAACGGUUCUUUGCAUUUCUUGGACAAUUUAAUUUGACUAUUUUCUCUCGUAGUCGGACUUUAAGGUCGAUCUAUGGAUAUUGAUGACAUUUUUGGUAUCAUCCGACCUAUGAGUGUUCCAAGGAAGAGUGCAAUUUAUGUAUGGGGAUACAAUCAAUCUGGGCAGACAGGUAGAAAGGAGGAUAACGACCAGUUGCGGAUUCCAAAGCAGCUGCCUCCUGAGCUAUUUGGAUGCCCAGCUGGUUUAAAUGCACGCUGGUUGGAUGUUGCUUGUGGUCGUGAGCAUACAGCAGCAGCAGCCUCUGAUGGGUCUCUGUUUACUUGGGGGGCUAAUGACUUCGGUCAAUUGGGAGACGGAACUGAGAACCGAAGCAAAUAUCCCAAGAAGGUAAAACAGUUAAUGUCUGAGUUUGUGAAAUCUGUGUCUUGUGGAGCCCAUUGUACUGCUUGCAUUGCAGAACCCCGUGAAAGGGAUGGUACCAAGCCAUCUGGAAGGCUCUGGGUUUGGGGACAGAAUCAGGCUUCAAAUCUUCCUCGCUUAUUUUGGGGUGCUUUUAAACCUGAUACGGUAAGAUGUAUUUUGUUGCAUAUAUUGUUGACCAUUCACGUUUUGAAUUCUAAACUUAUUUUUGUUAGUUCUUAAAAUUUUGCUUGAGUUUCCAACAUUUGACAACUUAAUGGAUAAACCAUUGUUAGUACAUAGAUUGUAUAACAUUUUAACUCAUUCUAAAUUGAGAAGAAAUAUUAUCGUGUACAUAGUCAAUACUUGUUGCUAUUUUAACCUCUUUUAACAAGGGACAAUGGAUGCAAUCCAUCAAAUAAAAGCCUCUAUCAUGUUGGAUUUCAUUGUGUGCACCAUUGGCCACGUAUAGCUAUUUUGGAAAUUUUAAUAUGAUCACCAAUGAUCAUUGGUUUGAAUAACUUGAUCGUAGUUUUCCAUCUCUUGCUCAUGCCUCCUUUUAGAGAUAGUGAUCCUAAAUAGGCAAUGUAAAAUGGCAAAUAUUUAGGUACUUGUAUUAAAAUGAAGGAUGCUCUUGGGUAAGAGCUCAUAAUAAUCAUAGUUUUCCACUCAGUGAUUCUUUCCUUUUAGUUCAACCCAAGUACCUCACUGUACAAGCACUCACUGCAAGAAGUCGAUAAGUUAAAUUGCUUCAUAAGAUGACACAACACGUUGCUAGAUUUCAAGAAGCUUGCUUUCAUAAGAUCCAUUCUGUCUCAUUGUUCCAACUCCUCCUUCACUGUUUUAUUCUCAAUUUCCUUGUCUUCCCUUCUGCUUUGGUUUCUCCUUGAGGUCCAUCAAUACCCCCUCCAAGAAAAAAGUUUCACCUUGUCCUCUUGAUGGAAUUGAGAGGAUUGAAGUUGGAUGACUCGGAACUUUUCCCAUGUGUUCCCCAUAUGUUCUUCCAUUAUUAGAUGAUGAAUUGUGUUUCUGUUUUUCCAUUUCCAUUGGUCAGUUUUUUGACUUGGUAUGCUUUCUUAGGGCGCAUUUGCUAUGAUGGAAU